CCCAAGCCUUGGCGGUGCGCCUACAGCAGGUAACCCUGCCCUUGAUCUCCCCGGGCCAGUGCAUGCGGUACUGGGGCAACCGGAUCACCAGCUCCAUGCUCUGCGCCGGCGGGGUUGGUGCCUCCUCCUGCCAGGGUGACUCCGGUGGACCGCUGGUAUACAAGAAUGGGAAGGUCUGGACCUUGAUUGGCAUUGUCUCCUGGGGAAAUGGCAACUGCAACGUCCGCAUGCCCGCCGUCUACACCCGCGUAAGCCAGUUCCGAAACUGGAUCGACGACAUUAUUGCUCAGGGAUAG